CGCAGUGAUGGCGGAAUUGGACAUAGGGCAGCACUGUCAGGUGGAGCAUUGCCGGCAGCGAGGUGAUCUAGCAGUCCUUAGCUACGAGCAUGAUUUUCUUCCUUUUGUGUGUGAUGGUUGUUCAGGAGUAUUUUGCCUUGAACACAGAAGCAGGGAGUCACACAGCUGUCCUGAGGUUAGGCCUCCUCCUAGAGAGCAGUUCAGUUCCAACAGGGAAGAAGAGAAAGCUGAGCUCACCAUUACCAAAGGUGACUGUAAUCAAUGAGAAAUUGAAGUCAGAUAAGCCUACAUCUUACCCAUGCUCAUUCAAGGACUGUGCUGAAAGAGAGCUUGUGCCAGUUAAAUGUCCUUAUUGUGAGAAGAAUUUUUGCCUGAGGCACCGUCAUCAGUCGGAUCAUGAAUGUGAAAAACUGGAAAUUCCUAAGCCUCGUAUGGCUGCCACUCAGAAACUUGUUAAAGAUAUUAUUGAUUCUAAGACCGGAGAGAUAGCAAGUAAACGACGGAAAGGUGCAAAAAAUAGUGAAACAGCUGCAAAGGUAGCAUUGAUGAAAUUAAAAAUGCAUGCUGUUGGAGAUAAGUCAUUGCCACAGAAAGAAAGAGUUUACUUUCACGUUUUCUUACCUAAGGGGAGCAAAGAGAAGAGCAAACCAAUGUUCUUUUGCCACCGAUGGAGCAUUGGAAAGGUCAUAGACUUUGCAGCUUCUUUAACCAGUCUUAAAAAUGAUAAUAACAAAUUAACAGCUAAGAAAUUAAGGUUAUGUCACAUUACUUCAGGAGAAGCCUUACCCUUGGACCAUACUUUGGAAACCUGGAUUGCUAAGGAAGAUUGUCCUUUAUAUAAUGGUGGAAAUAUUAUCUUGGAAUAUCUUAAUGAUGAAGAACAGUUUUUAAAAAAUGUUGAUUCUUAUCUGGAAUAGUCAUGUAAGGAUUCAAGCCAGAAAUGAAGAAAAUUUUAUGUUAAGUCAAUUUCUUUUACUACAAAUACUAUAUACAUAUAUUUUAUUUUUAAAAGUUGCUUUUUAACUUAUUUCCAUUGUGUCAUAAUUUACAUUAUCAGUUUUCUGUUAAAUUAAAUUGGAAUUUUUGUGUUAAAGUUUAACUAUGAGCAGACAUUCAGUUAUUAGUAAAUUUUUAUCUUUAGCUUUUAUUAGGUUGUGCUUAGUAACAACAAAAAGGUGUAUUUCAUUUAGUUAACGUCAGCUAUUGUGGCGCUGCUGCGUGUCCUCUUUACUCUCGGAUCUAAGCUGACUCAUGUUUGGGACAUUGCUACUUUUAAGGCAGAGGAAGAAAGAGAUGGUUUUUAGAAAAUACAUGUAUCCAAAAAAGAGAAAGAGAGAGAGAGAGAAAGAAAGAAAAAAUACAUGUAUCACUUUUGCUUUAAGCAAGUAACCUUGCCAAACCUUGUAUUAUGAAGCCACAGUAUAUAAAGCCUUAACUAUAUAUCCAGAUGUAUAAAUUGAUGUGUAUACAUGAAUCAUAGAAACUUGGAGACCAUCUUAUUCAUUCUUCUAAGUUUUUAGAUGAGGAAUCUCAGGGUAGGAAGAAGAAAUGAUUUUCUUGGUGUUCUCUGUACUGCAUUGGGGCAUAUCUCUCUGAUAAAGGUCCUCCUCCAGUAGGAUUUACCUUUUUUGUUUGUGUAAAUGUAUUACAAAUGAGAGUAAGAUGAGGUAGCACAAAAAUGAGAGUAAGAUGAGGUAGCACAACUUCAUUUCAGUAUCUUUAUAUAUAUCAAAGCAAAAUACAUACCAAAAGGAAUUAUAUUUUACCAACACAUUAAAAUGAAUGCUUCUGACUGAUCUAUCUCUUCCAUCGGUACUCAACAAAGUACUACCAUAUAGAAGAAAUAGAAAUGAUUUCUUCUUUUCCCUUUUUUGUUCUUUUUGGUAAAGGCUUUGUCCCUUUUGUGUUUUAAUUGUCAUGGACACAAAGUAGCUUUACGUAUAAUUAAAUAAAGGAAUUAAACUCAGAA